UAGUGCAGCAACAGAACGCAUCCAUCAGCCAUGUCUUCGAAGUGGCUUCUACUCGUGGCCCUGGUGGCCCUGCUCAGUAUUGGCACAGGCAGCUUGGCCAAGCCCAGGCAUCAGCAAGGCGUCCAGGCUAGAGCCACGCUCCGCGAUCGGGAUCUCCAGCGCCUGAAUUCCAGAUACUAUGCCAUUGCCCAGGAUGAAGAGGAUGGUGAUGAUAUCCUGGAGCACGAAGAGGAUGUCGGCAAUGAUCCUGAAGAUCAGGAUGAGGAGGAGGAGGAAGAAAUUGACAACAAACUGGAGGAGGUAUUGGCCGCCAAGAAAGUAGACACUGCCGCCGCCAAGACGGAGACGAAGGUGGCUGAGCAAGAGGAACAGGAUGAAAACCAGGAUCUGGAGGAACUGGAAAACGAGCAGGAGGAGGAGGAGGAACUAGAGCAGGAGCUGGUUCUACCUCGAGCAGAGGCUCGUGGCAGACGGCGCAGCUCCCGACGCAGGGGCGGCCGCAAGGGUCGUGGCCGCAAGAACCGUAGACGUGGCAACCGCCGCUGCGGUGGCAAAGGCAAGCGUGGACGUGGUGGCAAGCGCCGACGCACUGCAUCCAAGCGAAGUGGCAACAAGCGGACAACGGGUGCCAAGCGACAGGGCCAAAAGACCAGGACCAACAAAACAGCCCAAAAGCAGACUGCGCCAUCCACAAAGGUGGCUUAAAGAGCUUAAAACUCUCUCAUAUGUAAGUCGCUUUUAAACUCAACUUUAGCGGCAAUGAAACUCUUUAAAAAAUAAACAAAAUUAACAAAGAAA